AUCCCGUGAUGCAAUCUUACGCAAUGCUUCAAACAGAAGGUUGUUUCCUUCAUUAAGCAACUCGUAUUUUACAAGUUAUCUGACGCCAUCAGUUGCGUUUACACAAGUGUGCUGUUCUCAUCUCUAAACACUGAAACCAUCUGGAAACUCCUCAGAAUAAAUGGAUCAAUGGGUAGACCUGAAAGUGCCUGCUGAAAGAUGGAUGAUGAUGACUUUGGAGGAUUUGAGGCAGCAGAGAGUUAUGAGUUUGGAAAUGGUGAAAAGCAGACCACAUCUCCUGCUAUUGCUUGGGCAGCAUUUCCUACAGUACCUGAAGUCCAUAGAUCUUCUGACGUUCUCCUGGAGCACUCUGUGCCUUCUUCCUCCCUGCUUCCUUCUGACUCUUUCAUUUUAUCAAGUAAUAACGUGGCAACUGCUAUUCAAACAGGCAAGAGUGUGAUAAAUCCAGCUGUUCCUGAAGAACAGGCUCAAGAAGAUAUUCCAGUUGCCUCUUCAAAUGUAAUUGAAGACAAGACUUUAGCUGAUGUUGAGGCAAAGAGAACAAAUGAACCCAAGAGCUGCCUCCAACAAGCUGUUGCAAACCUCAAAACCAAGCUUUGCAGUGCUGAAGAGGAAAAACUAAAAAUCAAAAAGGAAUUGGAAUAUUUGCUGGAAAAACAUAGCGUGUUAGAAAUGGAUUUCUUGAAGGAAAAAAAAGAAAAAGUGCUUUUACAUCAAGAUCAUUACAAGACACUCCAGGAAAAGCAUAAGCAGGAAUUAGAAGACAUGAGAAAAGCUGGACAUGAAGCCUUAACUAUUAUUGUUGAAGAAUUCAAGGCACUGCUACAAUCUACAGUUCAGAAGCAAGAGGCAGCUAUUGAAAAGCAGUAUAUAUUAACCAUUGAAAAGCAUUCUCACAAAUGUGAAGAGCUCCUUGAUGCUCAGCAUCAGCGACUUCUUGACAUUUUGGAAGCAGAAAAGGAAGUGUUAGCAGAAAAGAUAGAAGAAGCUAUGAUGCAGCAGUCGCAAAAGCACAAGGAAGUGCUGGAUAAGUGUUUGGAGGAAGAAAGACAGAGAAGCAAGGAGGCUCUGGCUGCUGCUGCAAAGGCUGAAAAAGAAGUAGUGCAGGAAGCUGUUCUGAAAGCAGUAGAGGAGGAGAGGAGAAAUAUGGAGAAGAUUCAUGCAGAAGAAAGAAAACUGUGGGAAGCAGAACGUGAUAGUCAUAGAGAGAAGAUUGCCCAGGCUGUUUCAGAAGCCAUGCAAGAGCAAAGAAAGCAGAAUCAGGAAAUUGUCAAGGAAGCAAUAAUGGAGGAGCAGAAACAAAGUGAAAAGGCAAUCGAAGAAGCAGUAAAAAGGACAACAGAGGAACUGAUGGAAUAUAUUAAAGAGCAGAAGAGGCUUGAUGAAAUUGUCCGUCAGAGAAAUUUGCAUAGUUUGGAACUUUUCCUGUCAUGUGCACAGAAACAGUUAGAUGUUUUAUUAAAGGAAGAGCCAACCUCAGCAGAAAACAGAGACUGACAUUCUCAGUGCUGAUGAUACGGUGUGAUUUGUGGAGCUGCAAAUCUCCAUCUAGCAAAUGAUUAAUAUAUUCCAAUCUUUUUGGAUUGUAUCAUUGAGUCAAGAUUGAUCUGAAAUUCUUGAUAGAAAUGUUUGUGGAUUAUGUUCUUCUAUUUAUUUAUUUAUUUUACUACUAUUAUCAGAUAGCAAAUAUGAGAGGGAAAAAAAUCCUUGGGAAAAAAAUUGGUUUAUUUAGGGUUUUACUUUCUUUAUAUUUUUUAGUAGCCCAUGUCAAAAGUUUCCCUGUUAUGUCUGUUUUAAAUUUGGCACCAUGUGUUAAUAUGAUUCACCACUAUUUUUGGUAUUUUAAAAAAUUGAGACAAACAUUUAGUUGAUUAUAGGUACAAAUCCAUCUCUAUUUCCAAAGUAUCUACCCAAGUCCAUUGCCUCAGGUGAACCUGAGUAGCUUAUAUUUCUUACUGCUUUUGAUGUAGAACAGAAGAAUCAGUACUGAACCAUAAGAGUGUUGUCAGGCAUUUCUUAAGUCAUUUAUAGCCAAAUCUAGCUCUAGGAACAGAAAAAUUUAGAAACUAAACAGUGUGUCUGUUUAGGGUAGUGUAAAUCAUUGCCAUGACCAAUGUAUAGUAUGUAUUUUAUUUCUGUUUUACAAAGCUAGUUUGAUUCCAAAGGUCAUUUUCUCAUGAAAUUAUGAUUGAUGUGACUGACCUCAGUUUCAGGAAGAAGAUGUAUGUAAUUAUGUGGAGACUGAUACUGCACUGCCUCGGUGGAAUUUCGGACAGAAUAAGGAGCAGCCUAUUGACUUCACAUGCCCUAAGUGCAUCAAAGGAGGUAGAAAAACUCCCCACUAACAUUAUUGGAGUUUGGAUGGCUCAUAGGUCUUUCUAGUCUUGCUAACAGCAGAUUGAGUGGAAUUUCUGUGCCUACACUCUAUUGAUUGUAGAACUGUGUGUAAAAGAGCUCUGAAUAAAAUAAGGGAAAAGAAGUGUUCAUGCUUUGGUAUGUAAAUAAACUAAGAAUGAUCUCUCUUA